CCGACUGGAAAAUUAGCUCAAUAUAAUUUGGAAGAAGUUUCGAAAUUCCUGAGAAUCCUCUUUAAUUUUAAUCGACAGCGUUAGAGGGACCACAAUUACUGACGCUGUUUAAACGGAAGACAAGAAAUUGACAGUCUGUGUGUGUCUCCGGGUCCAUAAGUCUGCCUCCGCCUCAGCUAACUAAAACAAUCUGUUCUUGUUGGAUUUAGUCAUGGACACGAUAGUACAUUUCACAAAUCAAAGUCAAGGAAGGGACCGUGUUUUGAGGACAACCCAAUAUGCAUGUGCGCUGUCGAUAUAUUUACUCCGAAACAACCCAAACAGGAAGGACUUGGUGGCAAAACUUAAAAGUCUGGAAGCCGACAUGAGUGCUGGACGCAAAUUGUUCAGGCUGGGAAAUACAAUAAAUUCCAUUGAGGCUGCUAAGCGAACCAUGCAACUCUCUGACCGAGUGCUGUGCCUGUGCCUUACUGUGGCCAACAUCAACCGCGCCCUCUACUUUAUCUGUGACAAUGUACUCUGGGCCAGAAAUGUCGGCCUUAUCCGUGAUAUCGACAAGGAACGUUGGAGACUAAGUGCCUCCCGCUUCUACUUCGUCUCACUAGUUAUGAGUCUGACGAGAGAUGUUUAUGGUAUCUUCCAGUUAAUGGUACAGAGAGCAGGAGACAAAGAAUUUAAGCAGAAAAUGGAUUCACAUCUCGAUCAGAACCCGGAAGUAGCUCAGGUCAUCAUUCCCCAGCUGGAUGCUUUUCUUUUUCUGCUGUUGGAGAGCCUAAAAUCACAUCCCGCUGUUGCUUUGGACACAGUCAAAAAUAUUUGUGAUCUCAUAAUUCCCUUAGACAGGUUGGGUAUUUACACGUCAAACGCAGGAGUAGUCGGAUUUUGCGGCCUGAUUUCCUCAUUUAUUGGGAUUGUAACCCUUGCACAGCCCAAGUUAAAAAUCAAACCAUGAUAAUGAGGGUUAUUAAUGGUUGACCAACUGCAGAUAACAAGGCUUAUAAAGACAUACUGGUUGUAAAUGACUUUGUGUCAUCUAGCUAGAGCUGUAAUAAUGGUUAACUGCUGUUAACCCGGUGCACAAGCCAACAAUAACUGAAGGCUUGUAAGUGUCUAGAAUGACUUGAUUGAAGUGUUUUGGAGGAAGAAUGGAACAAAUUUAACAUGAUUUCGUUCUUGAAAUGAACUUUAAUGAAAUAAUGAAAUUCAAUGGGGACCAGUUAAAAUGUAUGGACUCUCACACUCGGUAAAAGGGAGCAAAUCAGGUUUUUAUCGUAGCCUUAUAUAUUUUUGUAUGCGUCCCUGUCUUCUCCAACACCACACAGUCCAUC